GACUUAAAUGUGGCACCAGGGUGCACCCAACCAAAAGAAUACUGACUGACUUAAUAUUAUGUGUGGUGGUGGAAGCUUUUGUCUAAUUUUCUGUUAUAUGUGACCCUCAUCACUGUCUGCUACUACAAUAACAUUAGUACUGAGUGUCUUAUUUUAACCAGAAACUGAAUAAACACAAGAGAGGGUUUUGACUGUUGCACAGUUCUGUCUUCCAAUGAUGAGGCCUGAUGAAGUUAGUGAGGGGAGUGUCAGACAGUGCUAAUGGGAGAUGGCCAAGGAGACCAGACAUGUGAUGAGGAAAAUACCAACUUCAUGUGACCCAUGGCUAAGGAGCGGCUCAUAGGCGAAGACAAAUGCCCAUUUGUGUUGUUUUCUCUAGUCAGUGCUGAACCACUGAGGAGAAUCCACCACUCAGCCCAUCUACAUCAUCCCCCUCUGGCUGAAGGCACUGUGGUCAGGAUGCAGACUAUUAAGACAGUGGAGACCCAAGUGCCCUUUCUGAAAGAGAGUUUCUUUACUACCACUUUCAAAGGAAGGAGGAAGAGCAGUGUUACCAACAUCCUCCGUAAACAACAGCACUCACUCCUGAAUCAACACCAGCAACAGCAGUGUAUUUUAGAGCAUCAGCAGCAGCAUCCCAAGCAACUUCUUUCCCCUUCAGUCAAAAAUGGACAAGGGCAGCGCACUCCGGAGCAUCCACAGCUUGCCCGCUCGAACAGCAGCCCGUUAUACAAGACAGCCGAGCGUGCUGGAGCAGAUGGGGAUAGAAAGGAGGGGCAAAAAGAGAGGAAGGAUCAGAGAGUGAGAGAGGCUGCACAGGGGAGGGCGGGGGAGCGAGCAGUGAGUGGUAGCGAGCCAGCGGCUGUCAGUGCCAGUCUCCUCCUCCUUUCAUCAUCAGCAUCAGCGGCGCUGGGGGAGGCAACAUCAUCCUCACAGCUGCCUCUAACUGUGGUGGGCAAACAGCAGGGAUUAGGUGGUUCUGAAAGGGCUCUGACCAACAGAGGACUAGAAUCGGAAGCAGCCAAGGAGGAAGCCCAGCAUGCUCAGCCUCGACCCCAGCACCAUGGCCUGUUAGCAAAGGGAGUCCGCCUGCUCAGGAACAUGGGGAACCAGGAGACAAAGCAGAAGAAAGGAGGAGGAAGUGAUGGAGCAGCAGGGGAUGUCUCCGGUGAUGGUGAUGCUGAUGAGAGGGAAGUGGACAAAAAAUCUAAAAAGUCCCACAACAAGAUAAGUAAAGGAGGAGAACAUAAUGGUAAGAAAAAAUCUAAGCCAGAGUCGAAGAGUUCUGUGUUUUCCAGCAUGAAGAUCAGGAAGAGUUUAUCCAAGGCAAAAGGGUUGUCUAAGGAUGACAUUUUGGAAGACGGGAGGUCAACACACUUCGGCAAAGCAGCCGGUCCAGAGUCGAGCCUGUCAACUGAUGACAUGGGAAUGCUAUUAGAUGUCGACGGGGAUCAACAAUCCAUGGUGGAUGAGAUUUGCCGGAAGACAAGCUCGGGGUCAGACGCUGACCUCUACAGUUUUCACUCAGCAGCAGCUGAAAAUGAAGACCUGCUCUCUGACAUCCAGCAGGCCAUAAGAGACCAAUGCGUGGCCACCAGCGGGGUACUGGAGAUGGUAACUGGCCACUUACCUAAAGGCUCGACGUCUGAGGGAAACAAAACCCUUGAGAAGGUAAUAUCUAACCAGCAGUUUAAUCUGGAUAAGGGGGUUGGUAGUGGAAGUGUAGAUCAAGAAAUAAUAGGUGAAUGUAAGAAAUUAGAGAACGAAAGCCACAACAUACCCAUAUCAAGAAAUUCAUCUGGUCCAGGGUCCCUGAGUGAAAGUGGUCCGCCGUCUUCAGCCCCAGACACGGAGAGAAGCAGUGGCAGCCUUUUCCCAAAGACUAACAGCACGUACAGCUUCCCAGACACUACAGCCACCACCACCUCGUAUGAGAGUGCCGAGGAGCCACAGGAAGACUUGGAGAGCCCCAUUCUCCACCACCAGCAGUGUCAAGGUAAUCUCGCUGCACAGGGCAAAAACAUAAGUGUGCCAUGUGUUCGCUUGGAUCCAGUGGUGGCAGGGCCAGUGGGGGCUCACAAAAGUGCAAGCAGCUUGGACUUGUCUAUGGAGAGGGAAGAGGAAGAGGAAGCGGUGAGACGGGGCUUCCUGUCCCUGAAAAGGAGGAAAAGUAGUAUGUCUUUUAGCCAGUUAACAACAGAUAGCCCCUCUGUUUCUCAACCUAGGCAGACAUCCUCCAGCUCCCCCUCCACUGUCAAACUCUACCCUCCAGUUCACCCCUCCUAUGUUAAGACCACCACCAGGCAGCUCACCUCUCCAAUUGGCUCCCCAUUAACUAGCCCCCACGUGCCAAGGAAAACAGAUGCCAACAGUGCUUCAGUGGAAUCCAGCGGGACACAGGGAUUUAGGAGACGCAAGCAGAGGUCCUGCUCCAUUGCUGGGCCUCUCAGCGUGUCUGCAGACUGGUCCCCAGAGGUGUUUGAGCGAAGAGGAGGGCAGGUUGGCGGGGCCAAAUUCCCAGAGCAGGAGACACCAGAGAAGAGUCACACAGGUGGGACUUACUGGACACUGGGCUCCAGGAGAGCACAUUAUGGACGGCAGACCUCCACUACUACAGUACCCUACCUGGAUGUCUUCUCUGGUCGCACUCUGUUGGACAGGCUGUGUAUGCAUCAUGGAGAUGGGGGUUCAGAAGAAGAGGCAAAGGAGUUGUGUCACCGAAUGUUGGUCCAGGGUCUGCUGCAUCCCUUCAGCAAUGGCUCCCCAGAGCCCCAUGGAGAUGGCACUGUCUCAACAGUCUUUAAUGAGGAGCAGCUGUACACCUGGGCAUCUGUUGGCCUGCCAGUGUCUUCUCACCUGUGGGAACUCUACGGGGGGCGAAGCACAGGCAGAGUGCCGAGCUUGAGAUCGUCCUUGAAUCAGUCAUCAACCAAGACACCAGGAGCUCUGCUCUCUCAGACAGAAUCCAGCAGGUUGAAGUCGGGUCAGUCAUCCUCAGAGGAUGAAAGCUGUCUCAUCCCUCAGCUGGAGAAGACCAUCGAUGACCUGCGGAUUAAGAUUGCUGUGUUGCAGGGCCAGCAGGCCUCCUUGGCAAAGGGCAGCGGGGAUAAUAUGGGAGCUCUGGGCGCUGUCCACCACAAGGCCUCACAGAUAAGAGGGGGAAGACUGGGAAAGAUGAGCCAGGAGGUGUCUGUCCAGACCUCGCCUGUGGAGGAGGGGUUUAAGUUUGAUGUGCCUUUCAACGGAGGAUCAGGCAGCAUGUCGUCCUCUGUUUCUUCCUCUAUCCCCAAAUCUAAAGAGAGCUUUGUUUGCACGUGCCAACAGAGGCAACAGAGCAGCACCCAUCAAGCUCCUCCACCCCCACCGCCCCCUCCCCCUCCAAUCUCUGGAGGUAUGCCCCCACCCCCACCACCACCGCCACCACUUUUACCAGGGGGUGCCGCUCCUCCUCCACCACCACCUCCGCCACCCUUACCCGGUCUUGGACCUUGUCCACCACCGCCUCCCCCUCCCCCUCCUCCACCGCCAGGUUUUGGUCCACCACCACCACCUCCUCCCCCGCCUGGUUUCGGACCUCCACCCCCACCUCCUCCACCGCCGGGCAUGGGCCCUCCUCCGCCACCCCCUCCGCCUGGAAUGGGGCCCCCACCUCCACCCCCACCCCCAGGCUUUGGGCCUCCACCUCCACCAGGCCCCAUGCCCUCCAUGAUGGUCCAGGAAGCUGCUUCUGCCAAGGCUGUGAUAGAGCCCCCCAAGCCAAUGAAGCCACUCUACUGGACACGCAUACAGCUGCAUGCUAAAAAACAAAUUGGCUCGCUGGUGUGGGAGAAAAUUGAGGAACCAACUGUGGAUUUUGAAGAAUUUGUGGAGCUGUUCUCCAAAAGUGCUGUUAAGGAGAAGAAAAAGCCAAUUUCAGACACAAUCAGCAAGUCUAAGGCCAAACAGGUGGUGAAGCUAUUGAGCAACAAGCGUUCGCAGGCUGUGGGUAUCCUCAUGUCCAGCAUUCACCUUGAUAUGAAAGACAUCCAGAAUGCCGUCCUAAAUAUGGACAAUACUGUCGUUGAUCUGGAGACUCUGCAAGCCCUUUAUGAAAAUAGAGCUCAAGAUGAUGAGAUGGAGAGCAUUAAGAAACACAUGAAAUCAUCCAAAGACAAGGAGGACGCCAAGCCACUGGACAAGCCUGAACAGUUUCUAUUCCAGUUAUGCCAAAUCCCCAACUUCUCUGAGCGGGUGUUCUGCAUCCUGUUUCAGUCAACCUUCCAUGAAUGUAUCACCUCAAUUCUCCGCAAAAUAGAAAUCCUUCAGAGAGUAUGCAAGACUCUCCAGACUGGUAAGUGUGUAUUGCAGGUGCUUGGCCUGGUGCUGGCUUUUGGCAACUUCAUGAACGGAGGUAAUCGGUCUCGAGGGCAGGCAGACGGCUUCACCUUGGACAUUCUGCCAAAACUGAAGGACGUUAAGAGCAGUGAUAACUCCCAGAGUCUUUUGUCCUACAUUGUUGCUUACUAUCUAAGGCACUUUGAUGAGGAUGCUGGCAGAGAGACGUGUGUCUACCCUCUGCCCGAGCCCCAGGACCUUUUCCAGGCCUCCCAGAUGAAGUUUGAGGACUUUCAAAGAGAUUUGCGCAAGCUGAGGAAAGAUCUCAACGCAUGCUCGGCUGAGACGGAGAAAGUUUGCAAAUUGUCCUCUGAAGAGAAUCUACAGCCCUUUAAGGACAAGAUGGAUGAAUUUCUUAGCCAAGCUAAAACGGAACUGGAGACGCAGGAGAAGCAGCUGGCAGACACUCAGAAGAUCUUCUUGGAGUUGAGCGUGUCCUUCUCGGUUAAACCCAAGGCAGGAGAGAAAGAGGUCUCUCCCAACACUUUCUUCUCCAUUUGGCAUGAGUUUUCCACUGAUUUCAAAGACCAGUGGAAGAAGCAGAAUAAGCUAAUGUUACAAGAACGGGUCAAAAUGGCUGAGGACUGCUUCAAACAGGCCAGGGAGAAGGCUUCCUACAAUGUGAAACCCAAACAUGCAACUGGAAUAAAAGCAAAGCUGGGCCAGAAGAUGUGAAGCAGAGAAUGGAAAAUUAUCAUCAUCAAGCCUAUUGCACAAGCACUGUUUGUACAAUCUGACAUGACUCAUAAUUCAUUUUUACAGCAUUUAUUUGCUUCCAGUAUUUUUUUUCCAGUUGAUUUAGAGUUGUUUUUAUUGUGAGAUGGUUCAAAGUGGAUGUUAUGUUGUUUAAAAGUGGAGUGAAAAAUUACACACUCAAUCAGCUUUUGAUAGCACUCGCAUAAUUAAAUGAAAUAUUGCUACCUGGAGUCUGAAAUUUGUAGCCCUAUAGCCAAGCUUUCUUAGUAUUUUAUAAGCCAUAUGUAGCCUAUUUUCUUUUUUUUUGUGCAAUUCCCAAGCCUACUUUACGAGAAAGGCAUGAGCACUUCCUCUUUAUAUCUCCCUUAAUGGUGAAAAGCACAGAAUUUUAUAACCUUUCUACACGGUAGGUAUGGAUAACCUGCCAGACAGAAAGUGCCUUAUCGGACAGUGGAGUGGUCGAAUGAGUGCUGUAGAAGAGAACAUUUUUUAGACAUAUCAUCUGUAAUUAAAUGUUACAUGUAAAGAAGAAAAAUCAGUUUCACACAAGCUGAAACAUGACAAAUUUUCUUCUCUUAUAGCUUCAUCAAGGGUGUUUGAGAACCUAGUUACAUGCAGCCCUUCCUCUACUGUGGUUUAAUAUGGUUUUUUUUGUGCAUACGUAAGUGGUGUGAUCUGAUAUAGACCUGAUAUUGUUUUAUUCAGCACUGUUGUCAACUUGCUUUAUGUUUUAAGCAAAAUACUAUGCAGUUAGUUUUGCCUUUCCUACUAUGUGUGAGCGUGUGAACUCCCAUAUGUUAAUUGAGCAAUAGAAUUCUAGGAUGUGACGUCCAUGUGCAAUACCAACAAUAUGUUUUCAUUGAAUACCCUUGACCAUGAAAAAAUAUAUUUAUUGAAUAAAAGAAAUUACAUUAAUUUUAAUAGAAAUUUUGCUUUUGAUGAUCGUUUUUAUCAUUGUGUUUAUCAUUUGUACAACUGUAAUAUUAAGUGGUACAGGACUACAUGUACUCUAACACCACUGUUAUUUUAUAUGAAAUAGAUUUAAUGUAUUUUUCACAUACAUACUUACACACACACACA